AUGGGCGACAGAAGUAAGAUUAAAACAGGAAACCUCGGAGCAAAUGUUAUGGAAGAAAAGGAACUCUCCAAGCAACUGAUUCGUUUGAAAAGACAAACAGACUACUUUGUUUCCGAGAUAGAAGCAGAACAAGUCGCAUUUGCCAAUAAAUUUUUGAGCCACUUACGCAGAAGUAAAAGGAUUGCUGAGGCACAGGAAUCUGUCGUGAAUACUUUCAAGUCGACACGUUGGAAUUCAGCGUUUGAAAAUCAGCGUUCAGAGCACACAAUAAGUUCCAAAAGACUGAAUUCCAAAGAAAGCACCGCAUUGGAAAUGGAAAGCGGCAGCGUGCCUGAAGAGCGCGCGGGGAAAAACCCCUCGCGCGUUCUUAAACGAAUGAGUCAGCAGUUUGAAGUGCCCUAUAAGAAACUGUACUCUUUCAAGACGAGCGAAUUCGGAAGGCCGGCCACUGUUCUCGACAUGCGUUGUAAAAUGUGGCAAAGAAUUUCGUACUGUGCGGACAAAAAAGACAGAGUGAAAAGCGCGCCUCCGUGGGCUGAGAACUACAAGGCGCCCAGACAGGUUGAACAAGCACAUUAUCGCGCGCUUGACUAUAUAGGCAUGAAGAGGAAUCUGGUCAAUCCGCCCAGCAGACAACCACAAAUAGACUUAACAGCCCUGAGGAGCUAUCAAGAUCGCGAGAUCGAAGUUGAAAGAAAGGUUGUUUCUCAGUUCAAUGACAGUCUUGAACGGUUCAAGAUCAAACCUGGGGCGAAACAAAUAAUUUACGAUGCAAAUAGAUUAUACGGCGAACUUGCGAAAAUGAAUGGGAAAGCCAGUUCUUAA